GCGCGACUCGGUCCGCCAUGACGAGCCAUCAAGUCCAUGUCGCCAACAACAGCGGCGAGGACAUUUAUGUCCUGGCUUCGCCCAACCUGCACUGGGCCAUCGUCGACAUCGCCGUUGACACCGCUCUGAUAGCCGUCGGGGUCGGCGAGCUCGGGGUCGCCUUGCAGGGGAUAAAGGCGGGGGGAAGGCUAAAGUCGAUCGCACAGCUCGCCCUCUGCCUCAAGAACUGGGGGGCGCUCGCCACGGCCACUGGCGUUUUGGGGUCGAGAAAGGCAACGGAGAUCGCGGAGAUUUUGCGCGCGGCCCGCAAAGCCAACGAAGAGAUCAACCGCGCCUCCAUCAGGAUCCCCCACGGCAACUUCCAUCGCGUCAUCAACAGGGACUGGAUUGAUAUGUACGCGCAGAUCAGCGGGUACGCCGGUAUGGCGGGGGCGCGCACCGUCCAGCUCCUAGUUAAGAACGAGGACGGAUCGCAGUCGGCCCUGUUCUGCACCGGGCCUGACCACUCGUGGAUCGCGACCGACCGCGGCUCCAUCGUGCGGGCAAACUACAGUCGGAUCUGGGUCGAGGAGCCCGGGGGCCGGAGCGUCGACUGGCCGAAGCCGGCGGCAAGUUCGCCGGUGUAUAUGGAUGACGGAGAAAUCUCGAGCGGUGACCAGGAGGAGGACGAAGAGUAUGGUUUUGAACAUGCUGGUAUCGACGACGACGACGACGAUGACAACGACGGCCAAGAGCCGUUUGCUUACCAUUCAUGGUGAGCUCAGAGAAUGCCUGAGUAUGAGUACCAGUUAGCACUAUUAAUAUACCUAGAGUAAGGGGUUGAAAGUAU